GCUUCCGAAAUUACGUCUAACUUCGUAUAUUAUGAAUGUGAUUCAUGAUCGCGAUAGCUAAUUUUUCACGGUUAAAGUUUGCCGCCAAAUACGCUCGAUAGCAUUUAUAUCUGGGCAUUUAUUAUACUUAUACCUACUUACAAUUACUUGAUUUUAAUUUUGAAACACGUCGAUGUUUACGUUAUUUGAUGCGUACCGUGAUAACUUUACCGUGAGUGCAGUUAUUAUGUUUUACAAUAAUUGUUAACAUACUUCACUUUGUACUGUUAUGAAAAUAGUAUUCAUCACACCUGGCGAAUCAAACCGUGGACACAAUAUUCGAGAGUUCAACACAAUCAUUGUAGUUGUAUUAUACAACAGCACAAUGGAUAUUACAGCUCCUGCUGAAGUUGAGGACGAUAUGUCUGAAUCUUGGUUAGAUCUUCUUAAUGAAGAGGAGGAUGCUCUUCUGAAUGAAGCUGUUAGUCACACAAUCAGACAAUUGAGUGCCGAGAUUCGAUCAAACAGUACAAAACCGUGUGUUGCUGAAAAGCCAACCAACAAUACUUGCAACGAUAAUGAGACUGCUAAACCGGAUGUGAACUGUUUGAGGAUAAAUGAUGAGCCAAAAAGUAGUUUUGCUGAUGUGUUACUUUGUAGAAAUAAAAUGAUAGAUAUUGAUGCCAAAGGUAACGCAGACCAAGCAUUAAACAAAGUAGAAGAAGAUAACUCGCCGACCUUAGGCAAGAGGCCAAGAGAAGAUAGCCACAAUUCUUUACCAGCAAAAAUAUCCCGAAAUAGACAUAACAGCAGUUCGAGCUCAAGUACAAAUUCGUCAAAUACCAGCAAAAGGAAAAUUGAAUAUGAAACUGAUCCCUCGACAUUGGCACGAAGGCAAAAGGACAUUGAUUAUGGAAAAAAUACAAUCGGAUAUGACAGAUAUAUCCAAUCUAUACCAAAAAAAAACCGUGCUAAAGAACAUCCGAAAACACCUCCAAAAAACAUUAAAUGUAGCCGAAGAGGAUGGGAUGGGAUGGUAAAACUAUGGCGGCAGCAAUUACACGUUUUUGAUCCGCCUGAUACAAAUGAUUCCAAAGUGGCUCAAGAAAAAGAUGGGUCUACUCAAUGAUUAGUUUAUUUUUUUGCUAAAGCUCUCCAUUUUUUCUCAUUGCCAUCAUCAAUUUGGAAUGAGCCGUGAAUGGUACAUGAUACACAAACUGUGAUUAUGUACAAAAUCGUUUUGUACCAUCUAUGUAUUGUAGCUCUUUUUUUGUUUCAUUUUCUCAAUUACAUAAAUUGUGCAAAAACAUUUUGCCAUUUAUAGAUCCGACUAUCUGUAUUUUUUAUGAGAAUUCAUUUGUGUUACGAGCUAGUUGUUUAGUAAGUAAUAAGACUUUUCUAUGCUGCACUGCAAUAUUGUAAAUGUUAUAAAAGUAAAUUUGUUAGUUUGUAUAAACAUUACUUAGUUGCAUAUUAUUCUAUAAGAAACAGUCAAGUUUAUUUAAAUCAAUCUGAAAAAUCUGUAAACGACCAGUGAACCUUAUCAGCACAAUACCAAAUUCACUUAGUAUUUUUGCGGGCAGUAUUUCAUUUAAUUCAACUCAUAUACUUAUUAAAAAUCUUAUGAUGAACGCCAGUGUUUAUUGUUAUUGAGAUAUCCACAAUGAACCUGGUCUGUGCAAGUGAAUCGUUAAGUUUGUGUGCAUGUUUCAAUAAUUUUUUUAUAUUUUGCAUAACGUCAACAAUUCUAACUACAAAGUUUGUUCUGAUACGAAACAAACAGAAUGCAGCGAACAAUGAGUAUAGGUAUGAUGAAUUUAUAGGGAAUUCGUUUCAUUCUGUAGAAUGUUCACAGCGAAAAACUUUGACCGUUAUUUCUGACCUUGAUACUGGGAAAUGUGUUCUCAAAAAAAAAUAACAGAAUAAACAUAAAUAAUAAAU